AACAAUCAAAAUUUGUCUCCUUGGAGAGUGUGAAAGCCAGAAAUAAGAUGUACGUGCGAUCACGACAUUGACAAAGAAUUGCACGUUGGUGGUUGCCCACUGCACUCUCCCUUUCAUCCUUCAACCUUUACUACUUCAAUCCCACAUUUCAUAUAUUUCUCACAAUCCCAUUGCUUGCAAAAACCCAAUUUCCAUUUGAAGAAAUCGGUUCUUUAUUCAAUCACAAUUAAGAUUCAGAUGAGGACUUUGUGCCCAAACUUGGAUAGAGAAGAUGGGCUGGAUACGGUGCUUGAGGUGCCCAUCCCAGAAGAGAUGUUUGGUUCUAACAAGAAUCGAUCUUGGCAAACCAUGAAAUCUUGGAUGAGAUCGCAUACUGAAAGAGCACCGCAGGUCACUUCUGUAUUUGGAGGACGGACCACGGAAAUCCAGUUCUUGCUUGGUGUUAUUGGAGCCCCUUUGACCCCUCUUCCUAUCCGUUGUGAUCAAACUGUUGUUAAUGACAACAUUAAAGAUCAUCCCAUCGAGGCUUCAAUGGCGAAAUAUAUAGUGCAACAAUACAUAGCGGCUGCAGGAGGAGAAUUCGCAUUGAAUUCGAUUCAUAGCAUGUAUGCCAUGGGGAAGGUGAAGAUGGCUGCAUCAGAAUUUGUAGCUGGAGAGCAUUUGAGUUUGAACAAUAGUAAGGCUAUGAAAAUCAAAAAUCUGAAACAUGGGCCUGGAGAGAUAGGAGGAUUUGUAUUGUGGCAGAAGAGGCCGGACUUGUGGAGUUUGGAAUUGGUGGUUUCCGGUUGUAAGAUCAGUGCUGGUAGUGAUGGUAAAGUGGCUUGGAGGCAAACUCCAUGGCAUCACUCCCACGCAUCCCGAGGUCCACCAAGGCCUCUACGUCGAUCCUUACAGGGCCUCGAUCCAAGGUCGACUGCCAAUUUAUUCUCCAAUUCCAUCUGUAUUGGUGAGAAGACUAUCAAUGAUGAAGACUGCUUUGUAUUAAAGCUCGACGCAGAGCCCUCUACCUUGAUAGCAAGAAGCAGCUCAAAUGUUGAGAUAGUCAGACACACUAUUUGUGGCUGUUUCAGCCAAAGAACUGGCCUUUUAGCCCUGUUAGAAGACUCUCACCUCCUAAGAAUAAAGGUUCCCGGAGACAACGAUGUAUUUUGGGAGACGACAAUGGAGUCAUUGAUUCAAGAUUACAGAACAAUUGAUGGCAUUAACAUCGCGCAUGGUGGCAGGACUUCUGUGUCAUUAUUUAGGUUUGGCGAAAAUUCUGAAAGCCAUAACCAGACAAGAAUGGAAGAAGUUUGGAGUAUUGAAGAAGUUGACUUCAACAUAAAGGGAUUGUCAAUAGACUGUUUCUUGGCUCCAGCUGAUUUGAAAAAGGAGGACGAAGGAUGCGGUGUCAUUACGGGUGGCGAUUUAACCAAAAACGAGAGGUUACAGCUCAAUAUUUUAUCGAAUUCUUCUAGAGUUAGUAGUAAUCCUAAAGGUGCCAAAAAAGUGGUGGCCAUUGAUGAGGAAAAUUUGGAAAUGUUUGAAACAGAUAUUGAGUUGUAAAUCUAGCCUAUUUAAUCUGUGGCAGAUUUUGUACAUAUUGAACCACAGUGCACGUACUCCCAUGAGUAUACACAAUACAAUGAAUGCUUUAGUGUA